CAGCAGCAAAAUAGAAAAUACAAAUUAUAAAUAAAACAAAAAAUGAAUCCCGAAACGGAGCUGGAGUUGCAGCAGCAGCAGCAGCAGCAGCAGGAUGAGUCCCUUCCCGAUUGUUGCAACCGCAACGGUUGCCUUGUGCGAGAGCUACGGAAAUUGGUGCUUUGGUGCGACUGGCCCAAGAGUGUUUUGGCUCUGGCUCUUCUGCACGUAUUCAUCAAUUAUGCAGCAAAGACAUCGUUGAUCUGUGCCGUGAUGCUAUUGACAAUGAUGGCACUAACGAGCAGCAUUAUCUAUGAUCUAUAUUUACUCUACAAACAAUUUAACGAGGGAGAUCCUGUUCAGCCACAGCCUUACAUGACGCUUUUUCUUUGCCCAGCGUGGAGCAAUACGUUAAUCCAAAGCCUCAACAUGUGUCUGGCCAAAAUACCAUUGAUAGCUGGUUUGCAGAAUCCCUUUUUGGCCUUCACAUUGAUGAACGCCCUCAUGUAUAUAUAUUUUGUGGGGAAUCUAGUCUCUGGCUCUACUCUGGCUACCUGCGCCUUGUAUUUGCUUUUCUCCGUACCGCCGGUCUACGUGUGCAUGCACCGCAAAGAUAAUCGGAUGGAAACACGAAUGAUAGUCAAACAAUUUAUUGUACGACUGAAUGCUGCCGGCGAUUUGGCACAGAAGAAGCUUGAGCAACAUAAGAUGGAAAAUCAGAACAUCGGGGAAGCUCACAACGAUGCCUUGGAGCCACAGGGAAGAGAAAGUUCCACAGAGACGAACCCCAAUCAGGAGGCGACCUUUGAAUUCAGCGAUACCCUAGACUCCAUUGAGCUUAUCGAUACAGAAGAGACGAUUCUGCUGAACGAUACCGAAGAUUCGCUUGUGCCGAACGAGACCUUUGAGCUCAACGAUACCCCAGAGACGAUUUUGCUAAACGAUACCCAAAAGCCGCUUGUGCUAAACGAUACCGUAGGACUCUCGUUUGGACUGAACUAUACCCAAGAGUCCAUUGAGCCUAAAAACUCGCAAGAUGCUGCUGGGCUGAACAUGACUGAAGAGGUCUUUGUGUCGUCUGAACAGUCCUUUGAGCCGAGGAACACACAAGUUAUGUUUGCUGAGACCGCUCAGAAGGACGUCUAAGGAGAAACCAAUCAAUAAUUGUGGGGGACACAACACAACAAUUCAUUGAACACUUUUUAA